GCAGUUAAGCAUCUAUUGGAUUUUAGGAAGGGAUGUGGUCACAUACCUACAACUAGCUUUCCAUUGACUUUACAAGGUCCUGCUACUUGCAGAAAUGUGACGAUAUAAACAUUUACGCGAAUAAUGCUGACACAUUAAAAAGCUCAUUUUGCGCUUUACUCUCCAGACACACACCGUACUUAGAGAGAGAGAGAGAGAGAGAGAGAGAGAGAGAGAGAGAGAGAAAACGCUGCAACAACUCAACUUGCAGCGGAGAGAGCGGAGAGGACUCAUGCGGCUGGCAAGUCUCGGCUGGUUGGUUUGGCUGUGUGCAUGAAUGUAAAGCUGGCUGCUCUCUUUCGGUGAAUGCAUAGAUGAUGAGGGGACGUUCAGCUAAUUGAUAAGGGAGGAUACAGCUGCUGGCACACAUUACAAUAUAAUUCCUGCGUGCGGUAUGGACGGGUUGCACGCAGAAAAUGCUGUAGUUGGCGGCAUCGGGGAAGACUCGGAGGAGAGGUACCGCGCUCUAGCCUAUGACACUGCUCUGAGCACUUUGGUGGCAGUGGCCGUGUAUGUGGUGGUAAAAGUGAGCCUGGACGGCUUUAGACAGUGGCGGGCCAGGAUCUCGGUGCUCAUCGUGGGUUCGGGACCUGUAGGGCUGACGGCCGCGCUAGUCGCUGUCCGCUCCGGUAAGGUGCUGAAACUGACCGUGCUGGAUGAGAGGUACCGGACUGCCCUGCUCUGCCGGCCCCAGCAAAUCGCCCUGGAUCCCCGGAGUGUUAAGUUUCUCCUGGGACUUGGGGUUGACUUUGAUAACAUGGAGGGCUGUUGGCACAACGAUCAUUUCUUCACCAGGAUAGGCGUGUUUCAGGAGUACCUGCUGAGCAUCUUGGAGCAGAAGAAAAAGAAGGUGGACGUCAAGGUGCAGCUGGGAACCAAGUUUACAGAGGAAUACCUACGGCGGAUCCCUCGGAAUGAGUGGCCACGUGUGAUAGUGGUGGCUGAUGGGUCGUGUGGUGAAUCCUGCUCGGUGCUGGGCAUCAGCUCUGACUACACUGUGGAGUCCUGCCAUGCCUAUGGAGCCAAUGCAACUAUAGAGAGACUAGAUCAGAGACAGGUACCCACUCCUGAGAUCCGUGCCCACAGCCUAUACUUCGACCUGUCUGCUUACGGAGUGGAGGCCCCACGAGAGCACCGAAAUGUCACGGCCAAACCUGGCUUCCACUUGAAGAUAUAUGGCACCUUCAGAAAUCGCUACAUGGCACUUGCAUGCCCCGCCUCUGACACAAAGAUGGUUCGCUUCCUCAGGCACACACCCAACUCCUCUAUCAUGAAGAACAUUUUCCACCAGUCCUUCAAUGUCUAUAAGACGGACAUAGAGCCCCGUCUCAACGACGUGACUCUCCACCACAUGCAGUGCAGUCGCCGUCUUUUUGAGAUUCAGUUAUCACACCGACGCAUCAGUGCUGCCUACAUAGAGGGGGACAAUGUGGCGGUCACUGUGGAGGGGGAGGCGGCACGCGUCCUCAACUUCGACACAGGUUGUGGGGUGAAUCUAGGUAUGCAGGGUCUGGAGUCCAUGGGGACGUUCAUUUACCAGACAGCCACCGCAGUGGACCAGAAUGAUAUUCUAGAGGCACUGUCGGCUAAGAUGCAACACUCAAGACAGGUGGCUGAGACCUUCAAACUGACAGACCUGGCUCACUCAAUGUAUGAAUGAAACAUGAUGCUGACCUGGUAAAUGCAUAAUGCCACCGAGUGGAAAGAGGGGGUUGGAUUUUUUGUUUUUAUAAUAAGAGCUGUUAACAGAUGGAUAAUGGAUGUAAAAUGUAAGUCUUUGUGACAUAGAGUGAGUGGAUCUACAGUAUCAGCAAUGGACGGAGGGAGAAUAGCCAAGGCCAAGUUUGGUACAACACUCCUGAGGCUGUUCUGAUUUUUAGGUUGUUUAGG